UGUGAUAACAGGCUGGUGCAGCGGCUCUGUUAUCUUCCGUUCCCCGCCGUCGCAGCAGCGGACCUCCUCCGGACCUGUAACCAGGAUUUAUAUUUAUAUUUUUUAAUUUUCUUUUUUUUAAUGAAACUUCACAUUUAGCUGGAGCGCUCCUCUCAUGGUGUCCCCGGGAGACUCCCCGGCCUCUACUUCUCGACUUUACGGAAACUAUCGGCGGCCGUUUUGGGGGUCUUGGAAAUCAUGGAAACGUGGUUUUUGAAUCACGUCCUCGGUUUGUCUCUGGCGGUACUCCUGCUGGGUCUGCAGCCCCCCCUCGGUGCAGGGACCCCCGGUAACAACAGCACGGAUUCGGUCACGGCAGGAUUUGAUUACUCACCCGCCACAGAUGAAGUCAGCGACGUGGAAAACAACAAUGCAACUUCAACUUCAUACUCCAGCGAGAGUUUAUCCCCAUCACAGAGGAACAUCCUGCUCACACACACUGCUGAAACACACACUGCUGCUGCUGGACACUUCGACACUGAGCAGACACAAACCUUCACAGAAACAAGCAGCAGGUCACUAGAAACCAUAAGUCUGUCGACUGAGCCACUCACCUCCACCCUUGUUAUAGCCACCACUGAGGCCAGCAGCAGUAGUAUCAGCAGCGGCAGUAGCAGCAUCAGCACCACCAGCACCAGUGGCAGCAGCAGCGGCAGUGGCAGCAGCAUCGGCAGCGGCAGUGGCAGCAGCAGAAGCAAGCACCAGCAGCGGCAGCACCAGCAGCGCAGCGGCAGCAGCAGCACCGGCAGCAGCAGCACCAGCACCAGCAGCAGCAGCAGGAAAGACUUUGUUAACACAGACCAGGUGCCAGAUGUAUUCUCUGCUGUGUCCUCGGAGACUAGUUCCUUUAUGUUGACAGAUGAGACCAGACUGCCCCAGGACAGCCCAGACACCACCCUCCGACAAGUAGAUGCUUCAUCCUCGAUGUCCCACACAGCCCUCCACACCGACAGCACCUACACUUCCACCACCAUCACCCGAGCUGGGGAGAGGACCCUGCUGUCUGUCACCUCCUCUUCCAGCAACAGCACCUCCUCUUUCUUUACAGAGGACUCCAACUCCCAUCAGCCCCCUUCUACCUGGGGUAUUUCUGCAAAGGCUACAGAGACGGAGGACUAUACCCACAGUGCCUUGUCCACCAGGACGGACAGCAGGGACACAACAGACCAGCACAUGACCUCCUCUUUCAAGGGGACGUUCCCAGAGACUGGGAGCCCAGGGGGGCCCAGAGGAACCCACAGUUUAACCAGACAACCUAAUGGCACCAGCCAUCAGCACACCUCAACAUCGGAGGAGACCUCCAACUCGACACCCCCUCUCAGAGUGACAGAGCCCAGCACAGACCAAUCCGAAGUGUCCGUUUCGUCCACACCUCCCAUCACCUCACCUGCAGGAGGUCCUACAAACAUCUCCGGGACAGACCAGGGGUCGGGCUCUAGUGUUGAAACGUCCACUGAAUCCUCCACAGGAGUCCUUAGCUCGAGCACUGAGAACCAGGAAGGGACUGAGUGGGUUUCAUCACAAACCAGUGAGCAAAGCGUGGGCUUUGGGCUGACCACAGGACCCCCUACAGUCAGCAGUAGUACAUCUGGACUGGACAACUCUCUAACAGACACUACAGCGCUGAUUACUGAGGUCUUCCCCACCAGCAUGCCUGUCACUGUCACAGAAAGAUCACAUAUAACAGAGGAAAAUACAUUCAAAGCCACUGCCUCCAUCAACCCCCCAACCACCACCACCACCACCACCACCACCACUACACCAUCUCCCCUACCUGCAACCUCAUCCUCCAGGUUCACUAGCACUGCUAGCAGCUCUGCUCCAGGGUCACUGACCGAGGCCACCAUCCUGUACACUACGCCCCCCACCACCGUGUCCUCCACCCCUGCUCUGCAGACCAGUACAAUGCACCCAACUCACCGUGCAUCACCCAGCCAAACCCAGGGGCCUUCAACUGGGAUGGCUAAGCCAACAAAAACCACCACUCUGCGGGUAGAAACAAGCACGGGCGCUCUUGGGAUCACCACAUCUCGAAGCCUGCACAUUACCACCACCUACAUGCACAGCACCCCGACCAAGAGUACAGAGGUCCAGCAGACCACCGGGAAACAAACAGACAGAGGAACCACGGAGCUGGUGGUGACGACAUCUCCCACCGACUUUAAGUCCACCAAGGUACCACCACUACCAGAAAACCCAUGUGUGUCAAACCCUUGCAUGAACGGAGGGAUGUGUGUAAGCUAUAAAAAUCAUCAAUACACCUGCCAGUGUCAGCAGGCAUGGACAGGACCGACCUGCAACCAGGAUAUGGAUGAGUGUGAGGACAACCCCUGCCCGGUCGGGUCCAAGUGUGUGAACAGAAGAGGAUCCUUCAGCUGUGAAUGUCCGCUCGGCUUUGACCUGGAAGACGGACGCACCUGCACCAGAGCAAAGACGUUUCUGGGAACUUUUAGUGUUAAGAAGCAGCCACAUGAUCCUGUUAUCUUCAAGAGCACCACCGUGCAUGAGAUCCAGAGAGAGAUCAUUCUGCUGCUCAAUGCUUCAUUGUCAGUCCUUCGAGGUUACAGCCGCUCCCUGCUGAGUAAGAAAGGAGAAGACGGGCUUCAUAUCUCAGCUGUCAACAUGUUUUCCAUUUCCACCGAUGUGACGAGUGCCGAGGUCAACAACAGCAUUCAGAUGUUUCUCAGCAACUGCAGCUCCUCAUUGGCUCACUGUCGGAUGGUCCUGCACCACCAGCUUGAAUUUCACGUGGAAAGCCUGUGUGUGGCCCAGAAGACUCAGUGUGAUACAGAGCGCUCCACCUGCACAGACGACAGUGGUACAGCCCACUGCCAGUGUCUGCAAGGAUACUACAAACACAACCCCGAGGACCAGUCCUGCUUAGAAUGUGGGGAUGGCUACAAGCUGGAAAAUGGAACUUGCGUUCCGUGCAUGUUUGGAUUUGGAGGAUUCAACUGCGGAAAUUUUUACAAGCUGAUCGCAGUCGUGGUGUCACCUGCCGGGGGCGCUCUGCUCCUCAUCCUCGUCAUCGCUCUCAUUGUCACCUGUUGCAAGAAAGACAAGAACGACAUUAACAAGAUCAUCUUCAAGAGUGGAGACCUGCAGAUGUCCCCGUAUGCAGAUUUCGCCAAAAAUAACCGAAUAUCCAUGGAGUGGGGCAGGGAAACCAUAGAGAUGCAAGAGAACGGCAGCACCAAGAACCUGCUGCAGAUGACUGACAUUUACUACUCUCCUGCGUUACGUAAUUCAGACCUGGAGAGAAAUGGCCUGUAUCCGUUCCCAGGCCUGCCGGGUUCUCGCCACUCUUGCAUCUACCCGGCCCAGUGGAACCCCUCCUUCAUCAGUGAUGACUCACGAAGAAGAGACUACUUCUAACUAAACUAAAUGUGUGUGUGUGUGUGUGUGUGUGUGUGUGUGUGUGUGUGUGUGUGUGUGUGUGUGUGCAUAUUAUGUAAGUGCACACUUUUGCAAGUAAAAUGUUUCCUGAGUGUUAUUGUGUGACCAUUUCAGUGUUUUUGCAUGUUUUAACUCAUUCACUCCACCUAACACAUCACAAUGCUGCUGUUAAGCUGUAAAGACUGCUUAAUGUGUUUUUGCAAGCUUCCAGCCAGAUUCUUAUUUACGUCUCUGUGUGAUAAAAAACAAUUAUUUGCAGAUCUGCCAGUUAUGUUGUCGCUGCCUGUAAAUGCACAAUGAUAAAUAGAGGCAGUUACGAUGUUCACUGUGUAGCAUAUAUAUAGACUAGAACAUGCGAAAACAUUCAAAUGGUCCGUCAAGUGCUGAAAUAUGAAUGAAAUGUGCGUGCCACUGCUGUGAUUUGAAAAUAAUCAGCUUCUUUUUAGAUAAAAAAAAAAAAGACGAUAACAAACCACUGAAAGAUGCACAAAGUUUGGUUUUAUGCCAACAAAAAAACUGAGGAACAACUUUGAAUUCUGAUGCCAACUUUUAUUUAUUCCCUGUAUGUCCAAAUUUUGGACAUGUAGCAUAAUUGACAUCUCAUACAUACACACUGACGGACUUAAGAGGGAUAAACCUGUGGCUUUAAGUGUGUAUGUGUGUGUUUGCGUGUGACAGAAAGAGUGUGUGUUUUAAAUAUUGAAGUUUGUGUGGUGCGUGUAUGUGUGUAAGGAAUAAUUAUCUGUAUACCAGAAGGAUUAUAGCUGUCAAUGAGUGUUUGAAUGUAAAGAUGUAUCAUAAUUAGUUUGCUAUUUCUGACAUGGAGUAUUAUUUUUAUGUGAUGAUUUUCUCUCUUUGUGUUUAUAUGAUCUAUUGAUUCUGGCGUUUUAGUCAGAUGUGCUUAUUUAAAUAAAAAAAAAUUUGCAAA